CCGCCGUCACGACGGUUUGUGAGCGUCUGUCGACGGUUGAUACGACGUGUUGCAUCUGAAGCAACAGUGUGUAUUGUUCUCGAUUGGCGCCAAUUCAAAGGAUGGCUGUUUUCGGUGCGCCGAAAUUCUUUUUUGGGACCGGUAUUUUGAUGUUUGCCUUAUUUUUCAUGGUAAAUUCGGAUGAAACAUGUGAUAUAGAAAUAGAAAACACCCUCAAAGCUCUACUCACUCCACAAGAAUACCCCUCUAUGCAACAGCAGGCUCUACGCAAGGAUCUCCUCCGCCGUUUCCAAGAAGCUCUCGACAGGACAGACGACGAAGACGAAACAAACUAUAAACGUUCGAUAAGUUCUCUAGCCCAGUGGGGAAAUUUGCCCGGAAAGCGCAGCCUAGAAGCUCUAGCACGAGCCGGUUACUUCCGGACGUUGCCCGCCGACGACGACGAAGACCCCAACUACAAGCGGAGUUUGGCGACUCUGGCGAAAAACGGCCAACUGCCCACUUUUCAAAAUAACGAAAGUAAACGGGGAAUCGAAUCGUUAGCCCGGAACGGUGAGUUGCAUACUCGAAGAGAAAUCCAGGAGUUGUUAGACGAGCUUUACACCAAACGAAACAUCGGAAGUUUGGCGCGCAAUUUCAAUUUUCCGUCGUACGGUAAGAGAUACUUGGGGAGUUUAAUGCGCGGAGGAGAUUUUCAGUAUACUGGUAAGAGGAAUAUUGCUUCUUUGGCCAGAGAGGGUGGGAGGUUCGUCGGAAAACGGAACGCCGCCGCUCUUUUAAGGCAAGACAAUUAUUUAAAUGCACAAAGGAACGAGGACAAGGCGGAAGACAGUCAAGCGGGAGGAGGAAAGAGAAACAUCGCGUCCAUAAAAGCGCAAUAUUCGGGGAAAUUCAAGAGGUCCGCCAGAAAUAAGAGGCAAGCAAGUUACUUUGACACGGAAAGUGGAGAAUACCCGGCACCAGUUUACCAAAACCAAAACGUCGACGAUUAUGAGGAGCUUAUGAAUGCGUUGACUGAGGCUUAUCCUAAUAACGACAAAAGAUUUCUAGGCUCGGUGGCCAAAACUGGCUGGUUCAGGCCAACCUCACGCUUUCGAGCUCCUGAAAAACGACACAUAGGUGCUUUAGCACGUCUGGGCUGGCUGCCGACGCUACGAAAUGUAAGAAGGUUCAACAGAUCUGGUAGAUCCACCAGUUUGGAAGGCUGCAGGGAGACUUCCGCAGAUGGGCAAACCGAAGACGACGCCAUCUCCGAAAACGCGCUUUCAUUAGAAGAUAAGAGGUUUUUACUGCAACCCGCCGUCGAUCGGAUUUUGUUGAGGAAAAUGUUUCACCCCAGGAUGCGUUCAUUUCUUUCAGACAUGUCGUAGUUUGUUUUCCUAGCUGUCAACUUCAUCACAUAUCUGGUAAUCGUACCAUAUCCUUGGAUGUAUAUCAAAUUGGUCCUUGGUAAAUGAUAUUUUUAAUAAGUCUCAAUCAAGAAUAUCAUCCUAAGCAUAUUAUCAUUAGAGGUUUAGCGUAGAUUAAGGCCAAAUGAUAAAUUCUAGUAUUGGACGUUACAUAAAUUUCAAACAGGGCUGGACUAAGGAUGACAAUACUUUGCUGUGUAUGACAAUAGACUUCCUCCUAAAAGUAUAUCAAUGACAAUAAAUGUACUUGUAGACAAUAAUAGCCGAAUUUUACAGCGGCUUCUGUCUUAAUUGAAGUUAACAUGAAAUAAAUGUGGAUUUUAAACGUCAAAUAAAAAUUAUUGACAAUA